AUUAUAGGCACAUAGCGUGCAUCUAUAGCUGCAAGUUAAUGAGCGAGAGAAAAGCCAAGGGGAGCGCAGCGUGUGAUUGAAAAUUUCUGUAGCUUUUGCAGCCCGGCCGCAGACAGCUGCACAAUUCAAGCUUGAUAUCGACCGAAUGCCGCGCGCGCUGCCCCCGUGCUUCGGACAAUACGUUGUCUAGGCGAGAAGGACACAUCGAAUGGGUGUUGUGGCGUGGUAGCAUGGCCUCCGGUGUCGGUGCUGCGGUCGGGAGGCGCGUGCAGUCCAAGCACAUUGUCUUAGGCCUAGCAGUGGGCACUGCCAUCUAUUUCAUCCUGCGCCUCGCGCCUGCGGGGGAGCUCACCGCACUAGCGAGGGAGGAUCAGGUACGGAGAGCCGACGAGUUGUCCCAGCCGGCGUGUCGACAAGGCAGGACGCCGAGGGACAUGCCAGUGGGCUGGGCGUCGGCCGAAAUGCAGAGUUCGGAGCGUUCUUUAGGAUGGAUGCGGCUCGACCAAGAGGACAAACGAUUGGAGGCGUGCCGGCUCGGCAACGGCGGGCACAACUCUGGUUCUCGGGGGUCGGUAAAGACUUGGGCACUGGAUUGGAAAGGUGCCAUUGAAGAUUGGUUCGGAGUGUCCACCGUGAGGGUUGCCGGGACGGAGAUCUGCGUCGACUCUGUGUCCAAGGACGUGAUCUAUCGGAGCGCGUGCGUUGACGGGUACCGGACGUCGCGAUAUUGUAGGGCGGCGCAACUGCACCCCAAGCAAAGGGCGCCCACCUAUGCGGAUUAUCCCAGUCCAAGGUGCACGAAAGCGUACCCGUUCCGGUGGCGCGCCCUCUGCUGUACCUGGCACUCUAUCGAGCGCAACCGAACUAUAGACCAGCAGCGACAUUACCAAGCCUUCGGAACAUGGGAGAUAUUCCGGCAGUCAUUCCAUAACCUAAGAAGCACGGCACUCAAGUACGACAAUCUAUGCCACCUCCUUCAGCGGCGCCCCUCGGAGGAGGUCCGAGUCCUUGAAUAUGGUGCGGGCAUCGCUCCUGGCUCAUUUAGGCUCGGUGGCGGAGGAUUUCACGAUGCAAAUAUAUUGGGAGGAAAAACAGCUUGCAGUGUGCCAAUCAAGUCGGCAACAGUGGUGGAUAUUUCUGGUGAGCACCUGUACUUCGGGGCCUGGCGCCUCAAGAAUCUCCUAUUGGAGAGAGGAAUGCAAUCUUCGAUCAGGGUGGUCGAGGCAGACGGCGAGUCUCUACCGAGCCUGCCAGCGCAAGCGUUUGACGUGGCCAUUGUGUUGACUGUGCUUGAACAUGUUCCUGACCCCCUGUCCGUCAUGAGGCUUAUCCUAAACUCGCUCAAUCGUCCGGGGGCGAUCAUGAUGGACUUCUGUGCUGAACUCUCCACGGCCAAGGCCGCAGCAAACCCUUAUAACUCGCCCAAUCUUGGAUCCUCGGCAAUGCUGCGCUCUCAGACACUUGCGUAUGUGAACAAUGAAUGCACCGAAAUUUUCUUCAAUAAAGAUUCGGGCUCAAAUCAUUGCAGACCAAUGUACUUCGAUUGUUCCAGCAAACAAUGAGAUGGUGAGGUUGAGUGCCCGGGACCGAACUCCGCCCCAUCGUGGUGGUCCUCGAGUGAUGGUAGGACGAGCUGGAUGCCCGUGCUCUUAGGAUGAUUCCGCGUCGCCGUCGGUAUCAUCGGCGCCGUUCUUAAAGGCCGCAGCAUCGCCGCGGUACUUCUCCUUGUACCUAGAGGGGCCGGGGGGUCAGCCCCGCGUGCCCCCGCCCUACACGAGUCACCCGCACCCUUACCCGUCCUAAGGGCCUAGGUUGGCAUUUACCUGAGGGGCUAUUUACCCCUGGCGCCGCCCGGGGUUAAUAACCCGGGUAAUUACCGGUUAGUAC